AUGGCUUCUGGCUCAAAUUCACCUUUGAAAAGAUCUGAUUCCAUUGCUGAUAGCAUGCCUGACGCCUUGAAGCAAAGCCGCUUUCAUAUGAAGAAAUUCUUUUCUAGGUUGAUUGCAAGUGGGAAAAGGUUAGUGAGACAAAAUCAUAUAAUGGAAGAUGUAGAGACAACAAUUGAAGAUAAAAAUGAGAGAAAAAAGCUUUUAGAAGGCUUGUUGGGAUACAUCCUCAGUUGCACUCAGGAGGCAGCUAUUGUUCCACCAUAUGUUGUUUUCGCGGUGAGGCCGAAUCCCGGUUUCUGGGAAUAUGUUAAAGUGAAUGCAGAUGAUUUACAAGUAGAUGGUAUUGAGGCUUCAGAUUACUUGCAAUACAAGGAAACAAUAUUUGAUGCGAAGUGGGCAAGUGAUGAAAAUGCAUUGGAGAUAGAUUUUGGGGCUAUUGAUUUCACAACACCUCAUAUGGCUCUUUCAUCUUCUAUUGGAAAUGGACUUGACUUUACUAAUAGGGUUUUGAGUUCAAGGUUGAGUGAGAGUUCACACUAUGAAAAUCCAUUGCUUAAUUACUUAUUAAGUCUUAAUCACCAAGGAGAGAAUCUUAUGAUUAAAGACAGUUUGAAUACAAUACCAAAGCUUCAGAAAGCAUUGAAAAUAGCGGAAGCAUAUGUAUCUGCACACCACAAAGAUACACCAUACCAGAAUUUCGAAAACAGGUUUAGAGAAUGGGGAUUUGAUAAAGGUUGGGGAAACACUGCAGGAAGGGUAAAAGAGACAAUGAAAAUGCUUUCUGAGGUGCUAGAAGCAGCAGAUCCAAUUAAGUUUGAAGCACUUUUCAGCAGGCUACCAAACAUGUUCAACAUUGUUAUUUUCUCCAUUCAUGGAUACUUUGGUCAAGCUGAUGUUCUAGGAUUGCCAGACACUGGAGGCCAGGUGGUGUAUAUUCUUGAUCAAGUAAGAGCAUUAGAGGAAGAGUUACUCCAAAAGAUUGAGUUGCAAGGCCUUAAUGUGAAGCCUCAAAUUCUUGUGGUUACACGUCUGAUACCGAAUGCGAAAGGGACAACAUGUAACCAAGAACUUGAGCCUAUCGUCAACACUAAGCAUUCGCAUAUUCUAAGAGUCCCUUUCCUGACAGAGAAGGGAAUUCUAUCCAAUUGGGUGUCGCGAUUCGAUAUCUAUCCUUAUUUAGAAAGAUUUGCUCAGGAUUCUACGACCAAGAUUCUCGAACUUAUGGACGGAAAGCCUGAUCUCAUUAUUGGAAAUUAUACUGAUGGAAACUUGGUUUCAUCAUUAAUGGCCUCUAAACUUGGUGUAACUCAGGCAACCAUUGCUCAUGCAUUGGAGAAGACAAAAUAUGAAGAUUCAGAUGUCAAAUGGAAAAUUUUUGAUGAAAAAUAUCACUUUUCAAGUCAGUUCACAGCUGAUAUGAUCUCAAUGAAUUCUGCUGAUUUCAUCAUAACUAGUACAUACCAAGAAAUUGCCGGAAGCAAGGAUAGGCCAGGACAAUAUGAAACUCACACUGCAUUUACCAUGCCGGGACUUUGCCGCGUAGUCUCCGGCAUCAAUGUUUUUGAUCCAAAGUUCAACAUUGCUGCACCAGGAGCUGAUCAAUCUGUUUAUUUUCCUUUCACUGAGAAGAAGCAAAGAUUAACCACUUUCCAACCUGCCAUUGAAGAAUUACUUUACAGUAAGGAUGAAAAUGAAGAACACAUUGGAUUUUUGGAAGACAAGAAGAAACCAAUAAUCUUCUCAAUGGCAAGGCUAGACAAAGUGAAAAACAUCAGCGGCCUCGUCGAGUGGUACGCGAAGAACAAAAAACUAAGAAGUUUGGUAAAUCUUGUGAUUGUUGGAGGAUUCUUCGAUCCUUCAAAAUCCAAAGACAGAGAAGAAACAGAAGAAAUCAAGAAGAUGCAUUUCUUGAUGAAAGAACACAGACUCCAUGGUCAAUUCAGAUGGAUUGCAGCGCAAACCGACCGUUAUCGCAACGGAGAGUUAUACCGAUGCAUCGCAGAUACAAAAGGAGCUUUUGUUCAACCAGCAUUGUAUGAAGCUUUCGGUCUAACAGUGAUCGAAGCAAUGAACUGUGGAUUACCAAUUUUUGCUACAAAUCAAGGUGGUCCAGCUGAGAUUAUAGUUGAUGGUGUCUCAGGUUUUCAUAUUGAUCCUCAUAAUGGAGAUGAAUCAGUGAACAAAAUCUCCGAAUUCUUCGAGAAGUGUAAGACCAGUCCUGAUUAUUGGAACAUAAUCUCAAAAGCCGGUCUUCAGAGAAUCAAUGAAUGCUAUACAUGGAAGAUAUAUGCAAAAAAAGUGUUGAAUAUGGGAUCAAUUUAUGGAUUCUGGAGAAGGUUGAACAAAGAACAAAAGCUGGCAAAGGAAAGAUAUAUCCAAAUGUAUUAUAAUCUUCAAUUUAGGAACUUGGCAAGAAAGGUAGCAAUUCCUAGGGAGGUAGCACAGGAAUAUCUACCAAUGUCAACAACUCAAGCCAAAAAAGCAGAAGCAAUAGCACAAUCUAUUCACAAUAAAGCAGAAGCAAAAGGUGAAGCAGCUCAAACUCAGAUAUUAGCAGCACCAUCCAAAAGUGAUUCUGAGCCAACACCUAAGGAACUGGCUUAUAAAGAAAGUGGUGAUCUAUAUUCUGGAUUACGUUGGUUGCUUCCAGGAAUUGCUUUUAUGUUCAUUAUUCAUUAUCUUUCUAAGUAUUUGGAGCAUUUGUUCAUAAGGGAGUAA